UCGUCCGCGCGGGCUCGUCUGUCGGCCGCUCAAAUAGGCUCGUCAGAGCCCGGCGCCCCUCAGAGCCGGACCAGGUGCUGAUUGAAGGCGACGCGCGCUCUCACGCGGCAACGACGACGACGACGCCCCCGACCAACCGGCAACAGCAGCAGCGGGACCGAAGCAACAGGUGACUGCGGUGAACACACUCCCACUCGGCGCGAGAGAUCCCCAAGAUGCGCGUCUGCGUCCUCCUCCUCCUGGUGGCCGUGGUGCUGGUGGCGCUGGUGCACGCGAGCAGCGCCAAGCGACCGCAGCACGGCGAAGGCGGUGUCGAGCAGCACGGCACAAAGAAGCACCACCACAAGGAACGCCGCCACGACGCCAAGCACCACGAAGGAAAAGGGCGCAAGGGCAAGCACGGCAAGAAGCAGCAGCAGCACGAGAGCUCCGCGUGGGCGUCCGAGCGCAGCGAGCAGCCUCGUCAUCAGCAGGACCAGCCUCAGGACGGCGAGCAGGCGACCCAGAAGGGGCAGGAAGCCGAGGCCAAGUCUACGAAGUACAAGCAGCACAAGAACAAGCAAGGCAACAAGGAAACUCCAGUUGACAGUAAGGGCCACAAACAGCAGAAGCAAAAGGAGAAGUUGAGCAAAGAUCAGGCGGCAGCACAAGAGAAGCGGUCAAAGUACGCCAAGGAGGCCGACAAGGCGAAGCAGGACAAGGAGCCCAAGCUGCAGCAGCAGAAGCAGGCGCAGCCCGACAAGGAACCGGCGCAGCAGCCGGAGCCGGCCAAGUACCACAAGCAGGACGAACAGCGCACCGCCGAGCAGCCGCAGCAGGCAGCCAAGAACCUGUGCGCCGAGAGCAGGUCUCAGCAGCCGGGCUCCGCCACCAAGUGCCAAACAGGUUCCCAGCAGGCCACGGUGACUCAGGCCGCUGCACCUGCCCCUGCUGCUGCUGCCGCCGCCGGCGUAGGCCCAAGCCCAGUGUGCCAGCAGUCGAAGACGUCGAUGGGCCACGGCUGCAUACAGGCCUGCGCCUGCCCCGACACGGCCGUGUGCUUCGCGGCCACGGGCAACACCAGGGGCGUCUGCAAGCUCCCCGAGCCGGACGACCUGACCCGCGGCUCUUACCUUCCGUGAAGCGCGAGGGAUGCAGCUACAGUCUUCCAAAUGACGACUCACCGUUCUCCCUGUACUCCCCGUUUCCCGUGCUCCCUCUGUCUUGGGUGUGCCCCUGUUUCAUUGUCACUUGCGCCCCCAUCGACUUGUCCCUCGAGCAUGAGAAGUUUGCUCUUUUUCUCUUGGGCAACGCCGCAGAGCACAGUGUGAAGAGCUUGCGAGCUUUGUUUUCUCUCGUGUGAUGAGUUAAAAGCUGUCGCAGCUGCACAGUUGUUAGAUGCACCAACGUUUAUUUGCACACUUUCACUACGCUUUAGUCGCUCGUAGACAAGCACACUGCACCGUGAUAUUAGGCCCACAAGCCGUCACGCCGUGCAGCAUGUUAGAAUGCAUCAGAGCAGUUUUUUUUUCAUGCAGUGACCCACGAAUGGAGUGAAAGCACCUAUAAUACAGAGUAGCGUGUGCGAGUUUGCGCCGAACGGCUCAAUCUACUGUUGAUAGAACAGUGCAGUGAAAGUACCUCCCAUUUAAUGAAGGCAGAAGAGUCUGGAAGAAGAGAUGUUAUAAACCAAGUGGACCUCGAGCCUUGCAGGAGCACGUUGGUGAUGUCUAGUCCUAAAAACGGCCCUCUUUUUCUCUUUCAAGAUGUUAGCUGGCUGCAUAAGUAAAACAGGUGACGCGGCCUCACCGGAGUGAAUGGCGCAGUUUCAGAAUCUGAAGGCAAAUGCAACCGUUUUCACCAGAGCGCACUUUGGAAGUAGAUCCCAGGGUUUGUACUGGUAACUCUAAUAACAUUCCACGUUUUCUCUGGUAACAUGGGACAAACCACGUUUACUGCACUCUGUUGGCAAAGCUUCUAAAACAUCAAAGGAUGCAUGCGUGGCUUUGGUUUUGGUUACUCCCCGCAGUGACGCGUACCCAUUAUGACGUGGUUUUAUGUGGCUUUCCCCCACAAUGUCGAGCUUCCAGCUGUCACUGCAUAGCCUAUAGACCAGAAAACACGCAUUUAUAUAUUUGGUCGUCUGAAUGUUCUACAUGCCAAAAGAGGAUGGAACGUUCACAGCAUCUAGCCCUUAAUUGUUUAACCUUCGUGACACAGCUCUCAAUAACCAUUUGUGCGUGACAGAGAACUCCAGGAGUGCUUUCUUGUACUAUAUAUAUAGGUUGCACUGCACAUUUGUCGUCUUUUUUCUCUUUAAGACCAUGUGUAAAUAUCCUUUGUAUGAAUAAAGGAAGAUGUUGUUGUAAAA